CAGAGGGAGGUAUGCAGGACGAAGAGGAAGUGGCCAGAAGGGGAAGCAGCAAGCUGCAGAGAGGAGGCAGGUGGGAGGUAAUCGCAGUAAUGGCCUGCAAGCUGAGGGCCUGCGUCUGUGGCAAAGCCAAGAUGAACGCCAAGGCGGGACCCUCAGAGCUGCAGGUGCGGGGGACGCUCCUGCUGCUGUGCCUGGGCGCUGUGACCCUCACCUGCCUCCUGGGGCUGGGGUCCUCCCCUUCCGCCUGGAGCCGGGGCUGCCUUGAGGAAGGGCCCGCCAGGCCUGGGGGCCUUGGCUCCCGUGUGGAUUGGGAUCCUCCAGGCGGGGAGGCCCGGCGGCGGCAUCAGCAGAACGACUCCUGCCGGCUCGUCCUCGUGGAGAGCAUCCCCCAGGACCUGUGGUCUGCAGCAGGCAGCCCGGCUGCCCAGCCCCUGGCCCAGGCCUGGAUGCAGCUGCUGGACGCCGCCCGAGAGAGCGUCCAUGUGGCCUCCUUCUACUGGUCCCUCACGGGGCCCGACAUCGGGGUCAACGACUCGUCUUCCCAGCCGGGCGAGGCCCUCCUGCAGAAGCUGCAGCAGCUGCUGGACAGAAACGUGUCCCUGGCUGUGGCCACCAGCACCCCGACCCCGGCCAAGAACUCCACUGACCUGCAGGUCCUGGAAACCCGAGUGGGGGUGAGGACACCAUCCAUGAGGAGGACUGCCAUGAGGAGGAAGGAACUGGGCUCAGCCCACCGCCCUGCACCCUUGUCAGGCGCCCAGGUGCGACGCGUGCCCAUGGGAAGGCUCACUGGUGGUGUUCUGCACUCCAAGUUCUGGGUGGUGGACGGGCAGCACGUCUACGUGGGCAGUGCCAACAUGGACUGGCGGUCCCUGACACAGGUGAAGGAGCUCGGGGCCGUCAUCUACAACUGCAGCCGCCUGGCCCAGGACCUGGAGAAGACCUUCCAGACCUACUGGGUCCUGGGGGCGCCCAGGGCUGUCCUCCCCAAGCCCUGGCCUCGGAACUUCUCCUCCCACAUCAACCGCUUCCAGCCGCUCCGGGAUCGCUUUGACGGGGUGCCCACCACCGCCUACUUCUCGGCAUCACCGCCUGCUCUCUGCCCCCACGGCCGCACCCGCGACCUGGAUGCGCUGCUGGCAGUCAUGGGGGCCGCCCAGGAGUUCCUGUAUGCCUCGGUGAUGGAGUACUUCCCCACCACGCGCUUCAGACACCCCGCCAGGUACUGGCCAGUGCUGGACACGGCACUGCGGGUGGCGGCCUUCAGCAGGGGGGUGCGCGUGCGCCUGCUGGUCAGCUGCUGGCUCAACACGGACCCCAGGAUGUUCCCCUUUCUGCGGUCCCUGCAGGCACUCAGCAACCCCGCGGCCAACGUGUCCCUGGACGUGAAAGUCUUCAUCGUGCCCGUGGGGAACCACUCCAACAUCCCCUUCAGCAGGGUGAACCACAGCAAGUUCAUGGUCACGGAGAAGGCAGCCUACAUAGGCACGUCCAACUGGUCAGAAGAUUACUUCAGUAGCACCUCGGGUGUGGGCCUGGUGGUCAGCCAGAGGGCCCCCGGCACGCCGCCGCGAGUGAGCACCGUGCAGGAGCAGCUGCGGCAGCUCUUCGAGCGAGACUGGAACUCCCGCUAUGCCGUGGGCCUGGACGGACGGGCCCAGGGCCAGGACUGUAUCUGGCAGGGCUGAGGUUCGGCCCUUCCUGCCAGCGGGGUAGGGCCUCCUUGCCUUGCCUGGCCCCCAGCCUGGACUCCAAGCAGCUUCACCUGCACAAGCCCUGAUCCGGGGCGGGACUGCCCAAUGCAGGGCGGACACAAACUACUUGCUCUCCAAAUCUAGCCCCUUUGAAGCCCAACCCCCCCACACCUCCUCCAGGGAGCCCUCCUGGAUGCCCCUCCCUGACUCCCACGGAGCCGCCUUUCCUGUCCACAAGUGGGGCCUCAAGAA